AUGGUGCUGACUUCAAUUCAAGGGCUCAGCAACGCCAACGAGGCGAUUCGCAUCAGCUUGAUGGCGCCAUCAAAGACCGGCCUUACCACUAUCGCGGCGUUCAACCCUAGUUUCACCCACUCUUUCUUCGGAGAGGAUGAGCAGAUCUUUGGGUACAAAGACCUAAAGGUCAACCUGCGGUACCGCGCUAAUGACAUGCGACCGCACCUGAAAACAACCUACAGCAGCAAGUUCAAGGCUGUUGGCGGACCCGAGCCAGUAGAUGUGAAGGUGGUCUUGGAAGAGGGUCACCACCUGCCUAAGAUUGCCUUUGCCAAGGCGAGCGACUUCGAGGACAGCUCCAAGCAGAUGAGCGAAAACUGGACGCCUCCCGGCGCCCUGCACACGACUAUCGAUGCGCCCGACGGCCAGUACGAGAUCUGGCGCGGAAACCUAGCCGAUCAAGCAGUUCAGCAGCUCAACAGUCGCCUGCAAAUCUUGGUCCCAUUCUUCAUCGACGGAGGUAGCUAUAUUGGUCAGGACCUGGACUCUGGGGAGAUUGAUCUCUCCGACGCCGACCGAUGGACCUUCUUCUCACUAUACAAGAAGGAAACAGUGGCAGAGACGAGCACAUACGUUUUUGUCGGCUAUGCAACUCUCUUCCGAUUCUACUACUUCAGGCCCCCAACGCCUCCAGCCUCGCCAAAGGAUGACUGGGAGCUGCCAACAGGCGACCAGGACCUCGCAGAGCUUCCCUGCAGAACACGUCUAUCUCAGUUCAUCAUCUUGCCUCCUUUCCAGGGCAAGGGCAAUGGCGCUCGCCUCUACAAAACCGUUUUCGAAUACUAUCACAAGCACGAGCAGACACACGAGUUUACCGUCGAAGACCCGAAUGAGGCGUUUGAUCUGUUGCGAGAUAUUUGCGACUUGCAGUUCCUCAAACAGAUGCCCGAAUUCUGCAACUUGAAACUGGAUGCAGAUGUCACGAUUCCCAAGAAGGGAACUCUGCCCAAACUCAUUGUCGGCAGCGACCAGUUGGAAACAAUCCGUCUCAAGGCCAAGAUUGCUCCUCGCCAGUUUGGACGUGUUCUCGAGAUGUAUCUCAUGUCCCAACUACCGGAAUCGGUGCAGCCCACAAUGGCGAUCGACGAGAAGCGCCCAGCUCCGACAAAAGCAGACAAGCACCAGCUGAGGGUUUGGAAGUUGAUUGCCAAGCAGCGCCUCUACCGUCACAACAAAGACUUCCUUGCUCAAAUUGAACCUCAUGAGCGGAUCGAGAGACUUGAUGAUACCCUGGACGGUGUUGGACUGGAGUAUGCGCGAAUCCUGGCUGCUUGUGAACGUUCAGCCAAGAAUGCCCAGGCCGAGCCAAAGAAUGGCAAGCGAAAGCUGCAGGAAGAAAACGGGGAGGGUUCAAGCAGUAAGAAGGCUCGUGUGGAGGAUGCCUAG